AUGAUCAUACUCAAACAAUUUCUUUGUCAACUAUUCUCUGUUCAAUGUCAAUUAACAACUCUUCGACUUGAUAUUAGCAACGAACUAGUGGAUGGUAAUAUUCAUCGAUGUUUAACAUCAAAUUCUCAUCUAUCUUCGAAUUUUAUGCGACGUCAACCUCAAUCUUGUUGUAUGACUCUUCGUCGUUUAUUUAUUCGACUUAAAUAUACAUGUUUUCUGAAAAAUAUUAUCAAACAUGUACCUAAUCUCGAACAAAUGUCAGUUCAGUUUGAUUCUUCAUUGGGAUUAGAUCCAUUAUGGAAAUCGCAUGUUGAAACGCUGAGAAAAUCAAAUAAAAAUUGGUCUAAUAAAGUACCAAAACUACGAUAUUUAAGUUUACAAACUUUCAUUUACGAAGAUUUACAAUUUGUUUAUUUGAAAUGGCUUCUCAACAAUUUAAAUCAUGUUGAAAAACUUCGACUUCAUCUUAAAAGUGAUAAACUAAUUGAAACGAGGUGUCAAAAAAUAUGGAAAACUUUUAUUGAUGCCAAUUUCAUUCGAGAAUAUUGUUUACCAGAUACAAUACCGAAUUUAAUUGAUUUCAAUUUUUAUAUUUGUUCAGAAUGUCAAUUAUCAUUUAAUGAUAUAGAAAAAAUAAUUAAUUCAUUUAAAAUUCAUUCUUUUUUUAUUUUACAUCAAUGGACAAAUGUUAAAUGUUUAUUUGAUCCAAUCAUGUCAUGUCAACAUCUUUUCUCUUCUUCUAAUACAGUUCAAUUCUCUGAUAGUCUGAUUAAUUAUCCAAAUAUUUUCAAUUGGCCACAUAUUGGCGGUACCUGGUUUCAGUUACAUCCAUCACUUUAUUUAUUUCUUGAACAAUUCAAUGAAUUAUCUCCUAAUAUUUCUUGUAUUAAAGUAUACAAAAGACGUAAUAUAAGUUUUGACGAGUCAGAUCUUCUGAUGUCAUUGAGAAUCUUAUCCAAAAUGAGUCAAUACCAGACGAUCGAUAUUCCUUUUCGAAAUGUUACGAAAAUUCAAUUUGGAACAUGGUUUGAUCGGGAAAAUGGUUAG